GGUGAAAAGGUUACAAAUGGACACAGGUCUGUCAGAAACCCCUGCACUGGUUCCACCACUCACAACACAGUUCUGUUCUCUCAGCUUGCCAGGACGUCUGCUCAGUCAGAAAACUGGCACUUUGUCUGGAGCCCAUAAAUACAGGAAUUAAAUAACCAUUGAGAAAUUACCAACUCCAAAUCAUUAGUCCCACCCACAGACCUCUUGUGUGAGGAUACAGAUUUGGGGUUUGAAGGAGCCCAUGGUGGAUGGAGGGUGUGGGAGCACAGGGAGCCCACAUCAGUGUGUGUGAUAAUGCCUCUCUCUCCUCAUACAUUGUCCAACUUAGUGAAUAACAACAUUAAAUUUUGGCCUUCUUUUCCACAAAAUGCCACUGCACUGAAAAUGGGAAUGUGAACUACAGUCCUAACUUAUCCAGAGAACAUCUCAUGAAUUUUGUGAGGUGGGUGUGACCCUUUCUGUUCCUGGAGUACAUGGUGAGUGUCACCAUAGGUGACUGCAGUAGACAAAUUCCAAAUGUCAUGUACUGGUGUCAUUGCAGUACGAAAGGGGCAAGUGAAUUCUAAUAUAGAAGCCAGGAUGGAGAUCUUAAUGCCUGAACCUCAGAUUUAUGUGGAGAGAACUCUGGCUAUCAUCAAACCAGAUGUGAUUGAUAAAGAAGAAGAAAUAGAAGAUGUCAUUCUCCGAUCAGGAUUCCGCAUCCUCCAGAAACGGAAGCUCCAGUUAAGCCCAGAGCAAUGUAGCAACUUCUAUGCAGAGCAAUUUGGAAAAAUGUUUUUUCCUAAUUUAACAGCCUAUAUGAGUUCUGGUCCUAUAGUUGCUAUGGUUCUUGCUAGAAAUUGUGCAGUCUCAUACUGGAAGGAAAUGCUUGGACCAUCCAACAGCCUAAGAGCCAGGAUAACUCACCCUCACAGUUUAAGAGCACUCUAUGGCACUGAUGAGCUGAGAAAUGGGAUCCACGGCAGUGUCAGCACCUCCUCAGCAGAGAAGGAAAUUCGGUUCAUAUUUCCAGAAGCAAUCCUGGAGCCGCUCCCCACUGGCCAGAGGGCUCGGGAUUACCUGAACCUGUACGUGAAGCCCACGCUGCUGGCAGGGCUCACUGCCCUGUGCAAGGAGAAGCCAGCAGAGCCCAUGAUUUGGCUUGCUGACUGGCUGAUUGAACACAACCCUAACAAACCUAAGCUACAAUAUCAUGUCUCUCAGCAAGAGCUUCAGCAGUGAGAGCUUGGGGAAACCAUCUCACCCAUUCCAAGUUACAGAUGUGUGUUGUCAUUUUUGGUGUGUCCUUUGACUCUAUAACCAACUCUGUCCAAAGUAAAUGCAUUUGUCGUAACUGCUUGUGUCCUCAUGGGAUAAAUAACCCUACACUUAGCCAGGAUGUAGUGGUUCUAAUACCUUCUCUACUGACAGAGGGAAUGUAGAAUUACACAAUAAAUUUAUGGCAUUGGGUGAUUAGAAAAAGACAAUGUUCUCAGUGGUUGUGACUUAUUGCUGUUGUCCACAUUUUUCUUAAUUUGGCUGUGUGGGAGAACAAAAUCAUUUACAGCAGUGUGGAUUCCCAAAUGAAAUGCACCUGGCCUGUGCUUUGUGAAGCCAAGGGUUGUGUUUCAGCAAUUUUUUAGCAUAAAUUCAGUUUUGAAGGGAGGUACUUGGGUAUAAUGUAGAAAACAAUUACUGGAGGCAUGUUAGCAACUUUGGAAUUUUAAUUGCUGAUGACAUCACCCAGCUAAGGUUGUCCUUGAAGAUGAUUCACUGAAGUCUGAUGUAUUUUGUCAGAAUGUAAUCUGAAGGAUUUAUUUGAAGGUACAUUCAAUGCACCUUUCCCAUCUCGGUGGCAAAGGGCUCAGGGGCUAUAAAUAACAAGAAGAUGUAUUUUAGUCAAGUUCUAAGGUUGUCUUCCAACAUUUGUUUGCAAUAAAGGUGCUUAAUUGGAACAGCUCCCCUUAAGAGUGUUUUCUGUGUUCUCCUGCUCCUAAAUGUACACAAAUUUCUGUUUUUCUCAAAUUUUCAUUUGUUCUGUUGAAGAAUUUCACAAGAGUGCUCUUCCAAUGGGUUAAUCUCAUGCUAUUCCCUUUAUGAAGUAAAUAAACUGUUUUUUGGGGGUGUGGGGCUUUUUCAUUUUCUUCAAAGAGCUGUACUUAUACUGUUAACUUCAAACUUUGUAUCUUAUGGUUUGACUGGCUAUAAUGAAGAAAACUGUAAUUUUCAUAACUCUGAAAUAAAAGUAUGCUUGACUAAUACUAAACAAACAAGCAAUUUCAUAAUUUGUUUCAUGAAAAAACUUGCUUCCCCAAUUUGAGUAAUUAUGAGAAACAUAAGUCAUUUUUCUGUAACAUCAAACUUUGUUGAAGUGAAUUGUUUAUCUUCUCAGUGGAACAAGCCACUAUUGCCAGCCCAGAUAACAAACAUUUAUAAACUGGUCCCUACAGUUCCAAAACCUAAAAAUCUUCAGACUGCCAAGAUAAGGAAAAAAAAGAAAGCUCAAACCCUCAAAUAAUGAAGAAUAAAAGUAUGAGGUGGUUAGAAAUACAGUAAAUAGAUCUGUUUUCAACCAGUUUAUUUUGCCUCUUAUUAUUGUCCACAUAUGUGUCUGUCUGCUCCAAUUACAGGACGGUUGUGCUUUGUGGUUUCCUGUCAGCCAAAGAAAAAAAUACAUUUUCUAAAGAUGUCAGAAACGAAAAUCCAGUAAAUUCACAAGGCAUUCCCCUGUAUUUGGUUAGUUACUAUGACAUUUGCCUGCUUAUUUUGA